CCCGGUUUUCUCCUUUCCUUCUCUCCCCCCAAACCCGCCGGCAACCACAUGCCCAGCCAUCAUCAUCACCCCCUCAUGCCGGCCAUCGUGCCCCUAUCCCCCUUUUUGCGCGAACCAGCUCCCUCUGCUCUCCGCGCCCAAUCACCAACUCUGCACUCUAGCCUUCCUCCGCACCAAAUCAUGCACUCUACCCCUCCUGUGCACCAAACCCGCUCCACCUCCCUCUGCACCGAAUCAGCUUCCACCCCCUCUGCACCGAAUCAGCCUCCACCCUCCUCUGCACCAAUCUCCUGCUUCCUCUCCCCUCUGCAUCAAUCCCCAGCUCUGCCACAGAUCCCCUGCCUUGCAUCCGAGCCUUGCUCCUACGCUUGACCGUGCCUUCUGCCCCCAGAUAUCUCCUCUGCGCCCAGAUUUCGUGCAAUCAUGCACUCCUGCAUCCCCUGCACUCAUUACCCCCCUGUUUGCUUCCUGCUUCGCUGCGCCGAUCUGCACUCAUCACCCCGGCUCUUCCCCGAACCAAUCGCCAGCCGAUCCCGCACUCAUUACCCGCCUGCGCCCCUGUUGCAGCCCGAUCCUCUGUGUCGCUGCAACCCAAUCUUGCAACCCGAUCUUGUACCUGCUCUGAUCGUCCGUUCUGCUUGUCUCGUUUUCUGCAAGUGUGGUUUGAGUAUUGUCGGAGGUGGCAGCAAGAGAAAGGGGACUGCUGAGCGUCCAGAAUUCACCGAAGGAGAUCGUGCAUUUUCUGGGUUUCUGUUGUCUUAGGUAAAUUACUGGAACUGAGAGGAUUCGGGAGGGGUGGUGAAGGUGAUGAACAGAAUUUGAUCCCGUGGGUGGGAUCCCUCUGUUUGGAUCUUGAUCCGUUCCUUUCCUGAAUUCUCCGCUGUAGAUUUUAUAUUUUCUUCCUUUGAUGCUUUGUGUUGUUUAGUGAUUGAAAUGCUGAAAUUUAUGUGUAUCUGUUGAGAAAUGAAUGGUAGAUUUACUG